AUGGGUACUGGCAAAAUCUCUAGCCGUACCGAGCGCGCCAUUGGUCUUGCAGGAGAACAUGACUAUGCUGUGCUAGACAUGAGAGAAGUCGACGGGCAGAAGCUGAUGCUCGUCAAGAACCCCUGGUGCGAAGGGAUGUCGUGGAGGGGUAGUAUUCCUAGGUCUCCUGUUGAUGAUCAAGAUGAGGAAGAUGAAGAAGUCCUCCCAUCAUCACGAGAUCUCUUGAAUAAAGAUGACAAGCUGACACCCGGUACUUUUUGGAUAGACCUCAACAGUGUGAUGCAGUACUUCGAGUCCAUCUACCUGAAUUGGAACCCAGGACUCUUCUUCCAUCGUCAGGACAUCCAUUUCGCCUGGGAUCUAUCGGCGUCAUCCUCGAGCAGCAAGUACAAGAGUUUCAGCAACAACCAACAAUUUUGUGUGUCUGUAGUAGCUCCAAGUACUGUUUGGUUUCUUCUGAGUCGACACUUCAAAGAUGGAAGAGAAAACGACCAUCCUUCGGAAUACAUCAGCCUAUACUUGUUCGACAACAAUGGUGCCAAAGUCUACUUGAGUGAUGGGGCCAUGCAACGCGGGCCUUUCGUGGACUCCCCACAAACUCUUCUUCGUCUGGAUAACUUGGAGGCGAAUGAAAAGUACACGAUUGUCCCAGUCGAACAAGACCUUGGGCCAACCGUUCACUCUUUCACUCUUUCUGUUUUUGCGGAGCAACGCAUCACGAUCGAUGAGGCGCCCAACAAGUAUCUCUGUCAAAAGACUAUCACCGCGGCUUGGACGGACGAGACUGCAGGUGGCAACGCAAACUCGCCGACCUACUCACAAAAUCCGCAGUUUAGUAUUGUCGUCCCUGCAAGAACACCAAUCGCAUUACUUCUCGAGACGGACGUGGAGCAGUUGCACGUUCACGUGAAACUGGUGCAUGGUCGAGGCUCUCGGGUCCAAGCAGUUCGAUCCAAGGAUAUCGUCUUCGAUUCGAAGGACUAUCGCCGUGGUUGUGCCUUAGCACAAUACGCAGAACUCGAAGCAGGUACUUACACCAUAAUUUGCUCUACGUUCGAAGCUGGGCAGAAAGGAAACUUUAGACUGCGAGUAGACAGUAUGGUCGCUACACAACUUUCGAUGCUCCCGCGGCAAGGUGCAGGACGACUGAGACGUGCUUGGGCCAAGGCGGUCUUUGAGGGACAACAGCGCAUGCUAGCAGCACCAAUCGCGCCUAGGCGUCUCACAAAACUCGAUGUGUUCGUUAAGCAAGUCCAGCAAGCGGGUCUUCAAGAGACUGCGAAGACGAGCCAGAGUCGGGAGAGAAGUAUGAUUCGUGUCACACUGGAAAUAGGCACGGGUCCUCAGCGUCGAAUUUUGAUUGCCAGCUCCAAUGGCGAAUAUAGCGAUUCAUCCGCUGGAGUACGAACAGGCGAGAUUGAUCUCUCACCGCAAGAGAUGGGCAAGGUGUGGCUGGUCAUCGAACGAAUGUUUACACCCAUGGACUCGCAAGGAGAGAUGUUUCAGAUUGAAACAUUCACAGAUGCACCUGACACAGUCGACAUAGGGGUAUGGAGACGAUGGGAGGUCGAUUGA